UAUCACUUUUCACGUUCUUUUCCACAGGAUGUUGGUGGCCAGGAUAAAAUACGGCCACUUUGGAGACAUUAUUAUACAGGCACGCAGGCCUUAAUAUACGUGAUUGAUGCCGCCGAUCGAGAGAGGGUGGAUGAAGCUAGACAGGAAUUGCAUCGAAUCAUCAACGAUCGCGAGAUGAGGGAUGCAAUUAUUCUCGUUUUUGCCAAUAAGCAGGAUCUUUCGGAGGCUAUGAAGCCUCAUGAAAUACAGGAUAAGUUGGGGCUUACACGAAUACGGGAUCGAAACUGGUACGUGCAGCCAUCUUGUGCUACAACUGGCGAUGGUUUGUAUGAAGGUUUGACGUGGUUGUCGUCCAACUGUAAGCCUUAG